AUGUUCCUACACCUCUUGGACCAUGACAAACAAGCUAGGCGCGGUGGUGAUUUAUACGAGGCGACAGCUAGAAUAGACCUGAACACACAAGCUUUCUUAGAGCGAGAGGGGAAAAACGUGAACACACCGAACAGAAUAGGACAUGUUCCAGGAAUCCACGUUGGGGAUGAGUUUCAGUACAAAGCCGAACUUCGUGUUGUCGGGCUUCAUUUCAGGAUCAUGUUUGGGAUCGACUAUGUGGAGAUAGAAGGUGUGAAGUUCGCAACAAGCAUCGUGUCAUCGGAAAAAUAUGAUUAUGAUUAUAAGAGGAAACAUGUAAGCAAGGAAAAGAAAGCUGAAGAUCAGAAGAUGAUAAAGGGCAAUUUAGCAUUAGCUGAUAGCAUGAUACAUAAGAGGGAAGUGAGAGUGAUACGUGGCGGCGAGAGCUGGGAUGGAAAAGGAAAGCAUUAUGUGUAUGAAGGAUUGUUUUUAGUUGAUAAUUAUUGGUUAGAGAAAGGAGUUAGUGGUAAGAAUGUGUACAAGUUUAAGCUUUGUAGAAUUCCUGGUUAA